AUGGAAACGCCUCCUGUGGAUAUUGAUAACAUCAUUGACAGAUUGUUGGAAGUUAGAGGGUCUAAGCCUGGACAGCAGGUGGAUUUAGAGGAACAUGAAAUUCGGUAUCUAUGUUCGAAGGCACGGUCUAUUUUUAUUAAGCAGCCGAUUCUACUUGAGCUAGAAGCUCCUAUUAAAAUCUGUGGUGACAUUCAUGGGCAGUAUUACGACUUGCUACGUUUAUUUGAAUAUGGUGGGUUUCCUCCAGAAUCCAACUACCUCUUUCUAGGUGAUUAUGUUGACCGUGGGAAGCAGUCCUUGGAGACGAUAUGUCUACUGUUAGCUUAUAAGAUCAAAUAUCCAGAGAAUUUUUUUAUUCUUCGUGGAAACCACGAAUGUGCGUCUAUCAAUAGAAUUUAUGGUUUCUAUGACGAAUGCAAGAGGCGUUAUAACAUCAAGCUAUGGAAAACCUUUACAGACUGUUUCAACUGUCUACCAAUUGCUGCCAUCAUAGACGAAAAGAUCUUUUGUAUGCACGGGGGUCUAUCUCCAGAUUUGAACACUAUGGAACAAAUUAGAAGAGUCAUGAGGCCAACAGAUAUUCCUGAUGUGGGGUUGCUAUGUGAUUUAUUAUGGUCUGAUCCGGAUAAGGAUAUCGUUGGUUGGUCUGAAAAUGAUAGAGGUGUUUCUUUUACGUUUGGUCCAGACGUAGUUUCGAGGUUUCUACAGAAGCAGGAUAUGGAGUUGAUCUGUAGAGCGCAUCAAGUUGUGGAGGACGGUUAUGAGUUCUUUUCCAAAAGACAGUUGGUUACCCUAUUUAGUGCACCAAACUAUUGUGGUGAGUUUGAUAAUGCGGGUGCCAUGAUGAGUGUUGAUGAGAGUUUGUUAUGUUCCUUCCAGAUUUUGAAACCGGCUGUGAAACCAAGUGCCGGUAGAGGCAAACCAAAGAAGAAAAAAUGA